AUGGAUGUGUCUGGCCACAGUCUGUUCCUUCUACAGCAGUUGAAUGUUCAGAGAGAAUUUGGCUUCCUGUGUGACUGCACUGUCGCCAUUGGCAACGUGUACUUCAAAGCCCAUCGAGCAGUCCUGGCAGCAUUCUCCAACUACUUCAAGAUGAUCUUCAUCCACCAGUCCAGCGAGUGUAUUAAGAUCCAACCCACAGACAUCCAGCCUGAUGUCUUCAGCUACCUGUUGCACAUCAUGUAUACCGGCAUGGGUCCUAAACAGCCAGUGGACCAGGGGCGACUACAGGAUGGCAUUAAAUUCCUCCAUGCAUACCAGCUGUGCCGUAAACCCGGUGAGGGUGGCCCUGAUACAGCCUCAGACACCAUCCGCAUGUCUAACCUCUAUGGCAUCCAGAUCUCCUCUCAGCUGGCUGGGAAAGAGGGCGCUGGCCUCAAGGCAGUUGGUUCCCGGGGCCCUGAGGUGGGUGGACACUCUGGUACGCGGGCUGAGCGUUCGCAUGGCCUCCCAGCAUUAGCUGUGGGCCUGGAGGGCGUGGUGCCAUCUGAACGGCCGCCCCGUGUCCUCCGUGCUGUUUCCUCAGUGGCCUCUGGGGACGAUUCGGACAUUUCAGCCAGGAUCAAGCAGGAGAGAGUAGAGGACGAGGAGGAGGAUGUUGAAGACCACAGGGAAGAGAUACGGGGAGAGGAAGAGCGUAGGCCACCUGGUUCAGCAUCCCCAACUCAUGAAAGCCCUUGCCAGGCCCCUGGUCUCUUUAAGGAUGGUCCUCUGGCACUUCUCUGCCCUCGGUGUGGGGAGCGCUGCCUGUCCCCUGAAGGCCUGCAGGAGCACCUAUUCAGCCAUGCAACCUGCGCCCUAGAGCCUAGUGGCCUAAUGGAGGACGGUGGUGGAGAGGAGAGACGUUCUCAGCGAGAACGUCUAGACGCUGGUUGCCUGGAGGAGGCACUACGGCAGAGUCAGGCGUUGGCUGAUGAGCUGGCGGCAGAGCUUAGACGAGGCGGUGUUGGCGGGGGCGGAAUCAGCGGGAGCCCCCCCGCAAGUUACACACGUAAGAGGAAGAUGGCUUGCGCUGUAUGCAACCUCCGCUUUUCCCAGAAGAGUCAGCUGCAGGAGCAUAUGUUUGCACAUGUGGGCAAGCCGGCGCGGUACCUUCGCCACGGGCGCUUCUGCAGCCAGCUCCUCCACACCUGUGAGGGCACGGCAGACAUCAUCGUGCCAACAGAGGAGACUGCCAGAGACACUCAGGACAACGGCAGCUCCUGCUACUCACUAGACUCUGAAGUGUCACAGGAGAGCGUGGAUGCCGUGCCCGUGGAAUAA